GGCAGCUGUCAGGCCACAGAGGUCCAAGCUGCACUUGCUGCCCCAUUGAGGACGAGGCAGCAGCAGGAGCUGUGACGGUGUCGCUGAGGAGCCAUACUCGCGGCACGCAGAACUGACCUGCCUGGUACCCGCAGCCCUCUCCUUUCUCCUUCCCAUUGUGUUGGAAUCAUAAAAAGAAAAAAAUAAAGCAACAACUGGAAAAAAGAAAAAAAGAUUAAAAUUUCGUCAAAAACCUGACUAGGUUCUCUUGGUUACAAAUUCCUCCCUGUCUGGUGCUGCAACAAUGAGUGGGAAAUCCCUCCUCUUAAAAGUCAUUCUCUUGGGAGAUGGUGGAGUGGGGAAAAGCUCGCUUAUGAACCGUUAUGUAACCAAUAAGUUUGACUCCCAAGCUUUUCACACCAUAGGGGUAGAGUUCUUAAAUCGAGAUCUGGAGGUAGAUGGACGCUUUGUAACCCUCCAGAUCUGGGACACUGCAGGACAGGAACGGUUCAAGAGCCUUAGAACACCGUUCUACAGGGGAGCAGACUGCUGCCUCUUGACCUUCAGUGUGGAUGACCGGCAGAGCUUCGAAAACCUUGGUAACUGGCAAAAAGAAUUCAUCUACUAUGCAGAUGUGAAGGACCCUGAGCACUUCCCCUUUGUAGUUCUGGGUAACAAGGUAGACAAAGAGGAUAGGCAGGUAACUACUGAGGAAGCACAAGCCUGGUGCAUGGAGAAUGGGGAUUACCCUUAUUUAGAAACAAGUGCCAAAGAUGAUACUAAUGUGACAGUGGCCUUUGAAGAAGCUGUCAGGCAAGUGCUGGCUGUAGAGGAACAGCUGGAGCAUUGCAUGUUAGGUCACACCAUUGACUUGAACAGUGGCUCCAAAGCAGGUUCUUCAUGCUGUUAAAAAAGUGUGUCCUAAAAUUGGUCAAUCAGUAGUGUAAGAAUUACUGUGCCCCUCUAAGUGUGCACACACACACAAGAGAGUAAGAGGUAAGGUUCUGAUUGGAAAUCAGAACCUUUCAAAUUGAAGUUAUAGAAUGAUUAAAAAAAAAAAGCUUUAUUGAGCCAAGUGUAUUUUGCGUGAUUUCUGCUAUUUUCCCUUUCUGUGUGUCUCAGAACACUUCAGAGAGUUUUAGUCCUGAGAGACUUAAAUAUUUUUAAAAAUCGCAGUUUAAACCUAGAACCCAGCCGCAUGAAGGAGUUAAAGAGCUACAGCUAUCCCUUAAGGCGUUCCAUUAAUCAACUAGCAAAUAUCACCAUCAGACUCCUGCCAAAUAGUUUCUGACAUUUCUGCCAAAAGGAAAAACACAAACAAACUCUGAGCUAUGUUAUGAUAAAAUAAUAUACAAACAAGAAUUUCUAAGCUUGAAUUAUAAAGAGAUUAUGAUGAUUAGGAAUAUAAAAGUUUAAGAUGUACACUGAUUUGUUUAAGUCCUUAUAUAUGGUUUACUCCCAUCUGAGAUUUUCAAAAAAAAUACCAUCUCAAUAUGAGAUUCUAAUGAUACCGGAAAUUAAUUGCAAUCCUGUGAUCUAAAGUUACAGGAUACUAGUGAAUGGAUUAUGCUUAAAUAUUCCAAUCACCCCUGCAAAUAAAUGGUUGAUCUGCUUUUUCUUCGUAAGUCUACUGUUGCUACAUAGAGAUGUUGCUUCUCUGACAACCUCUUUUCAAUUUAGCAGUGCUGCUUAGUAUAUGGCUUUGGGUGCAGUGUUCCCUGUUCAUAAUUUAAAUGGUCCUUUGGUUCACCAUGCUGGCUUAAGGAGAAGGCUUCAGAAAAGUUUGGGAGAUAACAGGCUUUUCUCACCAGGUUUGAGUCAAGACUCAAAUAAAUUUAGUAGAGUAGAAGGAACUGAUUUCUUAUAUGUAGUACUGUAUGUUUGGCCAACCAAUCUAGGACACUGAAGGUGACAAAAGAACAGAUUUUAAUGUUGUGUUGGAAUGAAUUUCUUAUAACUAGAGUUGUCCAACAGUGGAAUAGAUUGCCUUAAUAGUGAACUCCCUUCCAGUGAAAAUACUCACUGGAUGAUCAUCUGUUAAAAUACUAUAAAAAGAAUUUCUGUAUUGGCUACAUGUUUAGCAUAAGGUCUUUUCCAGCUCUAAGUUCUGUGAAUUUAUAAACCAUGUCAGUGCCAUGUUGUGGAUACAUUUAUCUGAAGAUAACAGCUAAGACUGCAGAGAGGGACUUUAAAAAUUCUCAAACCAUUCUGUGAUCAGCUUUUAACAGCAACUACAUAGCUUUUUGCUUUUGCACUAAUAGCAGGAAAAAUCCUUAAGCUCUUAUACAAACUGCCUAAAGAUAGCAUAUUAAAAAUGAAAAUGGUUUGACAAUUUUUAUUACCAUGACUGCCAAUUGUGUACUGUAUUAUGAGCAUGCAGUCUGGUUCUUGUUGGUUGAUCUGAUCAUCCUGCAUAGUUUUAAUCUGUACUUAAAACAUCUAUGAUAAUAAUCAUGACCCAGUGUAGUAAGGGACAGUUAGAAAGGACCCUCAAAAGAGGGAACUUUCACAGUAAUACAGCCUAGAACUCUCCAUUGUAGCCACAUAUGGAAUCAGCCUUACAUGUGGGACCUUAUGUGCUUUAAGAGCUCUGGGACUUUUUGGCCACAUAGACAAGAGGAGACAGUUUCUCAACUCAGUCAAACUCAGUAUUUCCAAUUCAUAUAUAGUCCUGACCCCAUUGUCCAAUUAACUUUGAUGCCAGAAGUCAAAGCCAGAACUGGGACCCCACAGCUCUUAAGUAUUGGUUCCUAUCCUGCCUAUGCCUAUAGUGAGCCACACUGGUUUUCCAAGUCCUAUGAUCCUUUUGCUACAAUCAUGUUAGAGUGAAAUCUGUAUGUCAGAACUGUUAAAUGCUAAGUAUUUUUAAGUGCAUGAGACCUGGGGCCUUCUCUUUUUACUUGCACUCUGCUUAUAAUAGUUUCUAUUUGUAGAUCUCAGGCCUUCGUAAAGACCUCCAUCAAUUCACAAAAUUACUUGUCUUGUAGAGUGGCAUGUGGUCAUUUGAGUAAAAAGUUACAUGGGUAUUUAAUUCAUAGGUAUCCUGUUCAUCCAAGAAAAACUGUUAAUUUUAUUAGCAGGUCAACUGAAGCCCCUUUCUUCUUAGCCAUACCAUGUUUUUCUGCCAAAUUACUACACAAUAUAUGAACAAAAGUACUUAAUGUUAAGUUACAAAAACAGUGGCAUUUGGGUGCUGGCAUAUAGUUUAGGUAAGAUUAAAACACCAAAGGCUGAUGUCUGUGUGUACCAGGAACUGUGCAUAUAGGUUUAGAAUUUGACUGUGUACCCUAGAAUGUUCAGUGCAAUAUUUUCAAUAGGUGUUUUUAAUGAACACUAGAUUUUUGGAAUAAUAUAUUUCUAAUUAGAAGUAUAGUGUUUUUCAAUGGUCCAUUAAAACAUCAUGCAGAAUAUUUAUUUAGUUUAUUGUCAUGUAUUGGCUAACUUUCAGGGGGCCUCAGAUUCCAUAUGUCUUCAGUGGAUUGACAAAUUUCAGGUUCAUUUGUGCCUGCCUCAGCCGUCUCUACAUUAUCUGAGGUAUUCUACAAUCUCUUGUUGCAGGUGCUGCUAAAAAAUCUCAAAAUUGUGUAUCAGAUAUUUUCUUUCAAUUGUAUAAAUUCAUCUGUGUGAAUAAAAGUGAAUAAAAGUGCAUUUUAAAUAACCAA